AUGCGACCUCGCGCGGCCCCUCUCCCCCGCGCGCCGUGUCGCAGCGUGCGUGCCCCUCGAGCACCAUCCGGAGCGCGUACAUUCGCCCCAGCGUCGCAAACAAAUCCGCUGCGCGACACACGCCCAGCGGUCUACUUCCAGCAAUCUGCGUGCACGCCGCAGCAGAAACGAUUCAUUACACAGCAAUGGUUGAAGCGGAUGCAGGAUGGGAAGAAUGAGUGGGCGAGGCAUGCUGUGGAGAUUAAGGAGGGCAAGAGGAAAAGCUUCGCGGCCCAUUUGGAGGAACGGGGAUUGAUUCAUGAUGUUGUUGGAGAACGCGAAUUGCUCCACCAAUUGUUCACCGAGAAGAGAGCUGGUAUCUAUGUCGGCAUUGACCCUACCGCACCUUCCAUGCAUGUCGGACACAUGCUUCCAUUCAUGGUCUUGGCCUGGGGAUACGUCUGGGGCUUGCCAGUGACGUUUUUGCUGGGCGGCGCGACAUCCCGCGUCGGUGAUCCUACUGGUCGAUUGAAGGGCCGUGAACAGGUGCAUUCCUCGAUUCGCAAGGCCAAUAUGGCGAGCAUGCACAUGCAGUUGAAGAAGUUGGGUACAAGCAUCGAAUCCUACAGCAGGAGGCACGGCUAUGAGAAGCAGCCUAUCUGGAAACGGGCACUGGUCAACAACAAUACAUGGUGGAACUCCAUGCCGUUCAUUGAAGUUCUGCGCGACUUGGGUGCCUUUAUGAGACUGGGCCCGAUGCUUGGUCGAGACACUGUCAAGAACCGCAUGAACCAAGGCGAUGGCAUGUCCUUUGCUGAGUUCUCGUAUCCGCUUCUGCAAGCUUGGGAUUGGUGGCACCUUUUCCAGAAGGGCACCCAAGUGCAAGUGGGAGGCUCCGAUCAGUAUGGAAACAUCCUGUUCGGUAUGGAUGCCGUGAAGGCCGUGAGUCGCAACACUGCCAAUGAGCAAGUUCGCAACUCUCUAGACUCUGAGCUUGACCGGCCCAUUGGCUUCACCACACCCCUGUUGACUGCCCCGUCUGGAGAGAAGUUUGGAAAGUCCGCUGGCAAUGCCAUCUGGCUGGACAAGGACAUGACCUCAACUUUUGAACUUUACCAAUUCUUCGUCCGAACCCCCGAUGAUACGGUGGAGCGCUACCUGAAGCUGUUCACCUUCAUCCCCUUGCCCGAGAUUGCUUCCAUCAUGGAGCAACAAAACCAGGACCCGUCCAAGCGCAUUGCCCAGCACAAGCUGGCCUACGAAUUUGUCGAGCUGGUACAUGGCAAGGAGGAAGCCGACGCCGUCUCCCUCCAGCACCGCCAACUCUUCCGCCCUCGCUCCUCAACCGGCGAGCCAUCCCCGAUGCCCCGGAGCACGACUGCAGGCGGCAAUCCUCAGUCCCCGAUGUCCAACUUCACCACCCCUCAAUCCGGAAACCAGUACGCCUCCCAGACCAACUUCGCCAACAUGCCCAACGUCAAGGUAACUUUGCCGCGAUCCCUAGUCUACAACCAGUCCUUCAACAAGGUCUUGUGGUCCGCCGGUCUUGUCUCAUCGAAGGGCGAGGGACAUCGCGUCAUCACCAACAACGGCGCCUACGUCGGCAGCCGUCCCGGAGACAGCGGCCCCAUGUCCGACGAUCUUGCCUUCACGCCUAUCCGCGUCUGGCCCGCCGAGAAGACCAAGGAGUUCAUCCUCGGCGAUGACCUGCUGAUGCUGAAGCUGGGAAAGUGGAAGUUCAAGAUGGUCCAGAUCGUCAGCGACGAGGACUUCCGUGCGCAAGGCCUGACCGCUCCGGGCUGGGAAGACGGAGCUGAGUCGACCGAGACCGAGGCGACCAAGUAG